GUAUAAGAGAAAUUAGACGUACACUUUAAGAAAUCACUUUCAACUCAGAAUUCACGACGUCUAAAGUUUGAAUCGAAUUGACAGAAGAGGAGAUAAUGGUAAAGCUCAAGAACUUGAGAUCAGAUACAUUGACACUUGUACUUGUAAAUAUUGCUGGUAUAAUGGAGAAAGCUGAUGAGUCUUUAUUACCUGGAGCUUACAAAGAAGUUGGCAAAGAAUUGCACACUGAUCCCACUGGUCUUGGCUCUCUCACUGUAUUUAGAUCAUUAGUUCAAUGCCUUUGUUAUCCUUUAGCUGCAUACUUAGCUGCUCGUCAUAACAGAGCUCAUGUCAUAGCUCUUGGCGCUUUUCUCUGGUCUGCUGCUACUUUCCUUGUUGCUAUCUCCUCCACCUUCACGGAGGUAGCAAUUGCCAGAGGAUUGAAUGGAGUAGGACUUGCAAUAGUCAUACCAGCAAUCCAAUCUCUAGUUGCUGAUUCAACUGAUGAUAGAAAUCGCGGUACAGCCUUUGGAUGGUUAGCACUAACAUCAAAUUUUGGCUCAAUUCUUGGUGGGAUUUUGGCUGUGCUAAUAGCAGAAACAUCAUUCUUGGGAAUCCCUGGCUGGAGAAUUUCCUUCCAUUUGGUUGGUUUUAUAAGUGUUAUCGUUGGUUUUUUAGUCCAUCUCUUUGCCAAUGAUCCGCGAUUCCUUGACAAUAAGGGCAACGCAAAAGAUCAACUUGCACCGAAACCAUUUCAAGAAGAAGUCAUCGAACUCCUAAAAGAAGCGAAAGCAGUUAUCAAAAUACCUUCCUUCCAAAUAAUUAUUGCACAAGGGGUUUCCGGGACAUUCCCUUGGUCAUCGUUGUCGUUUGUUACUAUGUGGUUAGAGCUUAUAGGCUUCUCCCAUAAGACAACAGCACUACUCUGGACUUUGUUUCAAGUUUCUGUGUCGCUUGGCGCGUUGUUUGGGGGCCGCAUGGGGGAUGUCUUGGCCAAGCACUUUCCUAAUUCUGGUAGAAUUAUUCUAGCUCAGAUUAGCUCUGGCUCAGGAAUUCCUUUAGCUGCAAUUCUACUGUUGCUAUUGCCUAAUGAUCCUAAAACAGCUAUGUUGCAUGGUUUAGUCUUAAUCAUCACGGGAUUAAUCAUAUCAUGGUGUGGUUCAGCAACAAACAAUCCAAUAUUUGCUGAGAUAGUCCCUGAGAGAGCUCGGACAAGCAUUUACGCUCUGGAUCGAUCUUUUGAGACGAUAAUUGCAUCCUUUGCGCCACUGGUGGUUGGUAUUUUAGCUCAACAAAUUUUUGGUUAUAAACCAAUUCCAAAGGGAUCAACAAAGUCUCAAGAAACUGAAACAGAUAGACAGAAUGCUGCAUCACUUGCCAAGGCACUAUGCACUGCAGUAGGCAUUCCAUCGGCCAUUUGUUGCUUCAUAUAUUCCUUCCUCUAUUGCACAUAUCCACAAGAUAGGGAUCGUGCCCGGUUGCAACAGAUUGAUGAAACAUGCAAGUUUCCAUCUGAAGAACAACAAGCCUUACUUGAGAGCGAUGAGCACAGACCUCUUUCAGCAAUUUGUUGAAAUCUUUCGACAAAAUUUUAGACUCUCUGUACAUAGAAUCCAACAAACAGAAAAUGACUUCUCGCUAAGUUGUUUGUAUAAAAAGGACAGUCCGGCACACAAAGCAUCCCUUAUUCAUGCAGGAUCCGAGCGAGGGCGGCUCCCCUACAAGUGUGAUAUAGAUAGUCUACCCUAAUACAAGUAUUAGUGGCUGCUUCCAUCGCUCGAACCUGUGACCUAUAGGUCACACAGAGACAACUUUACCGUUGCAAAAAAUUUCUAAGGAGUAUUUGCUUAUUAUUUUCAAAUUGAAUUUGUUAAGAUUAUAUCAGUUUGUAAUAUAUUAUAGUAGUGACUGGUGCGAAAAAGCUAGUUGUUUGUACCAACGACGAGGCAAAAUAUGUAAAGAUUUUGAUUUUUAAUGAUAUACUAGCUUGAUUACACACAUUUUUGCCUGGAAACAAUAAGAGCAACAACAAUAUAUAUACAUCACCUACAACAGUGCCGGCUGAUAAAUCACAAAUGGUGUUUUGCCUGGAAACAAUAAGAGAAGAGACUUAAAUAACUUGAAGAUCUAAGCCAGUGCCUUCAAAUUUUUCGCGUGUAAUUUGAUCAAGACGUUCUUGCAUCUCCUUUUUGAGGGAAUUCUUCCCGUCCCCAACAAGACCAUUUCGGAAAUAAGCAAAUUUAGGAAUGCCAAGAGAAGGUUCCAAGCCAUUCUUGUUAACCUGAAGAUUCCUCAGCCUCUCCAAACUGCAUCUCCAAAGGACAUUAUCAAGCUCCUCCUCGUUCGCAAAAGGUCUGCCAAGAAACUCAGCCAACUUCUUCACUUGACCUUUCGGAUCUUUUUUAAUCUCUUCAUACCUCAAGAAAAGUAUCUUCUCGGGUUUCUUCAAACUUUCAUUCCAGUACUCCAAAACAUGGUCAUGAAAGGGGCCAAAAGGAUGAAUGCCUUUACAGAAACUAUCGAAAUAUUCAUCCAUCUUUGGACAAGGCUCUGCAUUGGAUAUCGAAUUCAUGAAGUGCCAUAACGACACAAAAACAUCUUUAGGUUCGCGGGUAAUGUACACUAAUUUGCAGCUGGAAUUGUCAUUCUUGAUCGACUCUGGAAGCUUGGAAUAAGGCAGGUGAGUCCGAAAGAGUCGAGGUGAAGGCAUUUCGUCAAUGUUAAGGACAUCAGAAUCUAGGUUCUUUGGGUUGAAUAUUGAUAUUUCAAUAGAUGGCAUGAGUUGGUUUGGGUGGUUUGUUAGUAAAGGGUCAUCCUCCUCUUGAUCAAUAUUAUCUCUGUUAAGGGCCAUGAUGCAAGGGAUAAGAGCUUUGAGCCAAGUAGUACCAGUCAAUGGCGGAGCCAGAUUUUGCAAUAAUAAGAGUCAAAACAUAAA